AUGGAAACCCUUUGGGCUUUGGGUAAUGGACUCGGUCGAGCUAGGCAAACUCGACCGAUUGGUCUAGGAGAUGCUCCAAACCGCCAUCAACAGAGACAAGGGAUUGUUCCACCACCAGUGCAGAACCACAACUUUGAGAUCAAGCUGGGAAUGAUCAACCUUGUUCAGAACAAGAUGUUCCAUGGAUUGCCAAGUGAAGACCCCAUUGACCACCUUGAUGAGUUUGAUAGGCUUUGCGAUUUGACAAAGAUCAAUGGUGUCUCUGAAGAUGCCAUCAAGCUGAGACUCUUUCCUAUGUCUCUAGCUGACAAAGCUCACCAAUGGGAGAAGAGCUUGCCCCAUGGCACAAUCACCACUUGGGAUGAAUGCAAGAAGGCCUUUCUUGCUAAGUUUUUCUCCACCGGUCGCACAGCCAAGCUUAGGAGCGAGAUAUCGAGCUUCAUACAGAGAAACAAUGAGACUUUGCUGAGGCUUGGGAGAGAUUCAAAGGCUACACAAGCCAGUGCCCACACCAUGGAUUCAACAAUGAAUCACUACUCUCUACUCUUUAUAGAGGUUGCUUGGCAAGACUGGAGCUCGACCGCGCACUCGAUCGAGCUGGAAGCACAUAUGAGAAAAGACAUGCUUGCACUCAACUCGAAGUUGGACAAAUUGAUCCUAGCCCAAUUCCCUGCCAAGCAUGUCAAUUAUGUCUCUGGCAAAGCUCUAGUUAAAGACCAGGAAGGGGAGGAGAACCACAUGAGGUUUGCUAUAUUCAAAAUAGACAAGGAGGCUAUAGGAAAUCCUCAGCAAGGAUAUAAACAGCUAUGGACAACAAGGGACAUACUCCACCUAUCCAACACUUGCGCAACAACAAGUGUACCACCAGGCUUCACCCAAUGGCCUAACCAUACCCAACCAAGCCAAGAUUGGGAUAUGAAGGAUAUGCUCCAACAACUCCUACAAGGGCAAGCCAAAGGUUCACUGGAAAUGAACCACAAGUUGUGCAUCAUCCUCUUCACCUCAAGAGUAUGCCCAAGCAGUUACACUGAGAAGCGGCAAUUUCCAAGCAGGAGUAGCCCACCCCAAAUCGCUGUGGACAUCGAUGACGAGGAAGGGGAGGAUUUGGUCGAGUAUGCUGAUAUUCCGGCACCGAACUCGAUCGAGCUGGAACAAAACCCUGAACCAGAGCUCGAUCGAGCUGAAGAAACCGAGACUCAGCAAGACAAACCAGAGCUCGAUCGAGCCAAGAGCAAACGACAAAGCAAGCUCCAGCCAACCAACUAA